GUUGGGCUUUCACUUUCUCUGCCUUUUAAUCUAUUAUUACACCCAGUUUGUUUAGGGGAAUCUUGUUGAGCUUUUUUGUUUUUGCAUUUUUCUCCGGCUGUUGUUUAACUAAUCCGGAGGUCGCUCUUUGGCAGCUACUGCUUAGUUUUGGCUUGGUUGUAGCAUCAUGCUGGCUCGCCCUACAUCAUGACUGUCGAGAACCCUUAUGAUUACCUCAACACAGUGAACCUUGUCACACAAUGUCUCUGCAUUCCUAUUGUGACCAUCUUUGUGGCCAUGCGGUUCAGCAUCCGUACAUACUACAAGCAGUUUGUUGGCGUUGAAGACACGACAUGUCUCUUCGCAUGGAUCCUUUUCAUGGGAUAUUGCGGUAUUGGCAUAGUAGUGGGCAAGUAUGGCGGCGGGUAUCACAUUGACGACGUGUCUGCUCCGCAUCAGAUUCAAUUCCGAAAGUACUGCUACAUCGCCACGGUCCUCUACUGCCCCAUGGCCCUUCUCACCAAGAUCGCCCUCCUCUCCAUCCUCAUCCGUAUCUUCUCGCCUUACAAAUCCAAGAUCAUCUUCAUCUACGUCUUCCUGGGCUGUCUCGCAAUCUACUACACCGUCGCCGAGAUCGUGAAAAUCCGCAUGUGCGACCCUGUUCCCGGGUACUGGGACCAACGAAUAAACGCCUCCUGUCUGGACCAGCGCGCGGCGCUCAUCGCCGAUUCCGUCAUCAGUGUCGUCAGCGAUCUCAUUAUCCUUGUUCUGCCACUGCCCUUGACGUGGUCGCUACAAAUGUCUCGGAACAAGAAACUGCGAGUGGUGGGCAUGCUAUCGGCCGGAGGGCUGGCCACUGCAUUCAGUAUCUACCGACUAGUGCUGGUGCUGAAGGAUGGAAACUCCGCGGACCAAACAGUGAUGUUUACCUGCGUUAUUCUGUCUGGAAACGCCGAAGGUGGCGUCGGACUGAUCUGCGCCUGUCUCCCAACAUUCAACAUUGUGAUUCGCAAGCUGCGCUCGAAGGCCUACAGCUCGAAUCGCUACUACCAGCCCGAGUCGUCCGUACCACUCAGCAAGAUGAAGGCCAGCGCGGGCAAAGGCUUCUCGAUGGCUUCGAAACGCGACCACGACUUCGGUUCUGAUCAAAGCCACCUGAUCACCUACGCCGGCACGGUCGACAUGGGCAGCAGCGCCGGCGUCGCGGCUGGAUCGCCAGACACAAACGGCAUCCACAUCCACAAGACGGUUGACGUGUCGCAGACGGUGGAGGUGGUGGACGAGCAUGACCAGGAGCAGGGGAGGGUCUCCUCGGGGUCAGGGUCUGAUCACCACCGAAGAUUCUGAAAUUGAGUC